ACCCAACCCCUACAUCCAUCCCUACUCCGAUUUCGUUUUCCUACCUCCCUCUUCUUUAAUCGGUUUUAGGAGUCAAUCGGAGACGUGGGAAUUCAGAAAUCCCUCAAAUUUUUCACAAUUUUUCCGUUAAACCCAGAUCGAUUCAGUGCUAUUGUGAAUGGUGGAACCAAUCGACAGUAGUAGUAAUUUCAUGCUCUCCCUUUGCCAAGUAAGGGUGAGCGCUGUCCUUCCUGUGUCUGCACCCUUCGCUUUCUCCUUUGGUUCUUGCAAGGAAGGCUGGUACUACCGCUGCCUCGGUGUUGACCCUUAAACAACCCAAAUCUCCGCCGCUGCUGAUAACCCCAAUUCUUUUUCUUUUUCUUUUUUGGUCAUAUUCUUCUCUGUUUGAAUCCCAAAAAAAACAAAAAAAUCCAAUUUUUCUCCAGUUCUUAUUGCCAUUCGAUUUUCUUGUUUGGUGUUGUUGUUAUUCCUUCAAUUUCUUCGAUUCAAAUUCGAUUCCUUUUUGCGCAACGAAGAUGUUGCUCUACAAGCAGAAGAAGACUCAGUCCGCCAAGGGCAAUAGGCUCUUGAUUACGAUCACCGUGUUGGGUAGCGCAGGUCCCCUCCGGUUCCUGGUGAACGAGGAGGACCUUGUCGCCGCCAUCAUUGACACCGCUUUGAAAUCCUAUGCGCGUGAGGGGAGGCUUCCUGUUCUCGGCUCUAAUCUCAAUGAUUUCCUGCUGUACGUCCCCUAUGCUGGAUCUGAGGCUCUAUCUCCAUGGGAGACAAUUGGAUCACAAGGGACUCGGAAUUUCAUGCUGUGCAAGAAGCCACAGACAGAGAAGAUGGCAGUUGACGAAAAACCCAACACAACAAUUGCUCGGAAGGGAAAUGGGAGUUGGAAGGCAUGGAUUAACAAAUCCUUUAGUCUUAAGAUUUCUUCUCAUGAAUUAAUAAAUGGAUGAGUAGUUCAUGCUUAAUUAUUCCAGUUGUUGCUUAUGGAUUGUAGCCAUCAUCAAUGUUGGUCUUUGUUCUGUUUUAUGUUGGAAGGACCUGAAAUGUUCUUGAUUACAUAAAAUUUAACCCUGUGGAGUUUAUUUGGUUGAAAUAAAGGGUUCUUUUUUCA